AAAACUUGAACAAAAAGUUUCUGUGUAAUCAAGUACUUUUACAGCAAAGCUCCAUUCAUUUAAAGUAUCUGUGGUUAUACUUACAACAGAAUAAGUUAAAACGAGACAUAAAAUCACUUCUUAUAUUUGUGAUGAACUUACUACUAAAUAUUUUGAAAUGGAGCUAUAAUUGAAGAUUCAUGAUGAGUCAAAAAAUAAAGCCCAAUAUGACUAAAGGAGAUGUAUCCUAUUUACGGGCUACAGGAGUACCACCCCCAGCAUCCCCCGCCCCUUCAAGAGAAGGGUCUCAUACACCAAUGUCGCAAAUGUCUAAUAUGGAAAAUGAUUGGGAUGACAGAGAUGAGAUAAGAACACGUGAAUUAGAAGAGGCAAGAGCAAGGGCCACACAGAUGGAGAAAACUAUGAGAUGGUGGUCUGAUUGUACAUCCAACUGGCGUGAAAAAUGGAGCAAAGUUAGAAAUGAGAGAAAUAAAGCUCGUGAAGAAAACAGACAGCUCAGGACUAAGUUGGAAGCAAUGGCUAAAGAAUGUACUGCAUCUAAACGGCAAAGUGAAGAACUUAAAGCAAAAAAUGUAGAACUACAGAAAAAAUUAGGUGUAAAUGUUGAGGUGGCAGCUGACAGUGUGACAGUCAAUGAUGUUGACAAAAAGUCAGAUAGUAGCACUUCAAACAAAACUGAAAGUGAAAGUAAUAAAGCAUCUCCUGUGUCAGAUGUUAGAAGAAAAAGUCAUCCAAAGUCUGAGGAUGAUUCUGAUGAUGUUGAGCUUGCAGAGGAAAAGAUUAACCUUGCAGGACUCAAAUUAGAUGAGGCACAAAAGACAUUAAUUGCUGAAAGAGGUGAAAAAUCAGUAUUGAUGAAAACCAUAGAGAAGUUACAAUUAGAAUUGAAUUCACAGAAAACCAAAUAUGAUGAUCUUAAACAAUCAAAACAAGAAGCAUUAUUAGAGAUAACCAAAUUGAAAGAGAGUAACAAGGACGAAUUAAAUCGUGUUACAGUUGAGCUGGAAGAUGAAGCAGUGAAUAGAUCUAACAUGGAAAAGAAACUAGCAGAACUGAGACGAGAGCUUGAAAGAUUACAAAGAGAAAAUGCAGAAGAAUAUGGUAAAAGAGAACGUUUAGAAACUGACAAGUUUUCUCUGGAAAGAGAAAAUAAAAAGAUACGCAUUCAAAUAGAGGACCUGAAGGAACAGAUUGACAGAAAGUCACAGCAAACUUCUGCCAUGGCUAACUCUGAUGUCAAAAGUUUACAGACAGACCUAUCAGCCAGUAAUAAGGAGCUGAAUGACUUAAAAGUUGCUUAUACAAGGUUAAAGAAAACUUUACAAGAAAAGAAUACAGAAUUAGAGCAUAGUAAAAGACGUGCUGAACAAUAUGAGGCAGAUGUAAAGAAACUCAGAGUGAGGAUAGAGGAACUUAAAAAGGACUUGGCAAAUGCAGAAGAUGAGGCUGAUGCACAGGGAAAUUCUUUAAGAAAGCAACAGAGAGAAAAUGAUGAUCUUCAAGAACAACUAGAAAACCUACAAGUUCAAUUAAAUCAUGCACAAAAUAGAUUACAGAGAAGUCAUCCAUCAACAGUGAAGUCCCGGACACCUAGCGUAAAAUCCUUUGACCCAAAUGAACUUGGAGAGGACCCAGAUAGUGAUGACUCAGAUCUAGACAUAGAAACGUGACCAGAGUUAUUGAAGCAUAAUAUACACAUAAAUACAGUAUAUAUCUGUUCCAGAAUAUAUGCCUGUGUGUUUCAAUGGUGCAACAUUAGACAUUUGUCUCGCAGUCAUAACAGAUUCCAACACAUCAUGUGACUAACGGCUUUAUUUGUGCCAGUUAUAUCAAACUCAUGUUGUAGUGUAUAUCUGAAUAGAAAAUACUGAUAUUGCUAUUGUUUUAAGUGUAAUACUAAUUCACAUAAGGUCAUAUGUCUUAAUCUCAGGAAUUAUUGAUAGUAUUAACCGGAAUGCAUCAUUUAAACAUAAAUAUCAUCGAUGUAUAAUGUAUAUACAUUUAAAAAUAAUAGCAUUCAAUAUGAUCCUACAUACUCAGUGGGAAGAUCCCUAGUUCAAGUCAGUCUGACCCAAUAUUCUUUGAUAAAGUGAUUCUAAUUAGAUAAUGAAAAACAUUUAAUGAUUGAUGCUAUUUUAGCAUUUUGCAUGUUUUUCAUCAAUUCAGAAUAUGGAAACCAAUUUUUGUCUCGCCUUGACGGAGUCAAAAAGCGAGAUUAAGGUAUGCUGUUUCCAGCAGCGGCGGUGUCAACAAUGUAUUAGUUAGUUAUUAGGUCAGUUUAAGAGGAACCAAUGAUAUUUAGUAUGCAGUUGUAUAAGUCAUGGUCAUGGUUUAUUGACUUUGAAACAUUUGCUUAGAUAACAUGUAUUAGUUUGUGAUAAGGUCAAUUUAAGAGAAACCACUUGGAGUAGGUCAAUGAUAUUUGGUAUGCAGUUGUAUAAGCAUUGGUACAUCUCAUUUCUAUGGAGAAUAAUUGGCCACGCCCCCUCAGUCAUGGUCUAUUGACUUUGAAACAUUUGCUUAGAUAACAUGUAUUAGUUUGUGACUAGGUCAGUUUAAGAGGAACCAAUAGUGGUUGGUCAAUGAUAUUUGGUAUGCAGUGGUAUAAGCAUUGGCAAAUCUCACUUCCAUGGAGAUUAUUCAACAUUGGCAUUAUACUUUCAAAAUUACAAAAGGGCGAGACAUAUCUCUGUGUCAACAGUUUAUAUUUAUUGUUCAUGGUUUUUCUAAUAAUGGAGUUAUGGCUAUUAUUCCAGGAAAAAGAUAUGUGGGAGGGUUGGACACUACAUGAUAAAUUUUUUCUGUGGGUAAUAGCGGUGGAAGCCAAUACAAUUCUGAUACAAAUGAAAAUAAAAACUACAGGUGGUGUUGUAUAAAAAAGUGUUGUCCAACCCCCCUUACAUUUUUUUACAAGAAUCUUACUGGGAAGAGUGAAGACCUUGAAAUCUUAGACACACUCUGUUGAGAUUUCCAGUCUGUGACAAGGCUUGUCUGAGUUCAAUAUGAUAGGAAAUCUUACCCGAAGUGCUUUAGAUUUUCAUAUCUUCAUAUCUUCUAUUCUUGCAGGUGUUUUAUUUUUUUCUCAUCUGCUCAUGUUCAAAGAAUUUUUUUAAUGUUCAAAUGUACCAUGGGUUAAGGUGUACUCAAAAAGUCGGAUUAGACAGGUAUAUCUCAGUCAUAGCAAUAUUUAGCCAAUAAUAGGAUCAUAAAACAGGAUUGAUUGAGAUAUGUAUAUAUGCUAUUGUAGCUCAUGGAAAAAUAAAUUAAAAGCAAUACUAAAAUGCUUAUCACUCUUUAAGAAAUUAUUCAUUUUAAAUUUCAAAAGUGGCUUUUGGAAAGAAAAUGUCACUAUCAUAACUCUUCAUCACAUUCAUUAGAUAUUGCUGUUAGCUAGCAAUCUAAAUAAAAAUAUACACAGAAUAUGCAUAUAUUGUCUUUUUAUAAAAAAAAAAAUAUACCAAAUGUAUUUGUUUAUGGUGAUAAACAAGAGGUUUGUUGAGCAUUUCUAUCCUGUUUCAUGCUAAGUACAAAUGACUUUGAUGUUUGUGACAAUAUAUUUUUAUUGGACUUUGUCCCCCUUAUAUUGCAAUGUUCAAAAAUAGAUAUUUAAGAAAUGAAGGGGAAGAUGUAAAAUUUUCUUGAACCUGUAAUUCAUCAUAAUUUCACCAAGAUUAUUGUUCACUAUUUGAUAACUUGGGUAUUUUAUUUAUGUGCCUUGCAAGCACAUAGUUGUUAAGAUAUUUGAAUGAUGUAACACUAUUACCCCUUGACUAGAUAUUGUUAAACGUGAUUCAUUAGUGCACUUAAUUAUGCAAAUUUAUAUCAUGCUGUAUUAUUCUAAUUACUGUUUUAAGAUGAUAUAUGAAAUGAAUUUCUGUCAUACUUUUUUUUUAUUAACAUUUUAAUGUUAAAAAAAUCAUGGUACAUUUUUUCUACCAGACUUCUCGAAAUUGAUUAAAUGUAUACAAAAAAUAUGAACAGCAAUGACAUGCAAAAAAACAAUUAAAAUAAUUGUGUAAGAAAAUGACAAUUGUAUUUUCUCUGUUGUAUUUAUUUCUACAUGUUUAAAAUUUUAAAUAAAACUACUGAGGUUCAAAUUUAUGAAGUUAUGCAAGUUGAGAAUUUUUAAAAUUUUAAAUUUAUAGGGUGAUUAAUGUCAGACUAACUAACUUUUGAGAUCACUCUAAUCAAUUAAGCAAAUUGUGUUGUACUUGUAAGAGAUACACUCCUUUCUUUUCAUGAAAGAAGGAAGACAUGAAAAUAAAAAUAGGAAUGUCGGGAAACUUUAAACAACAGAAAAAAGUUCAAAAAAUAUCUUGAUUUGAAAGAAAUGUGAGAUCUUCAAGAAGUAAUAUACUGUGGAAUCAUUAUUGUUCAUGGGAUUUCAUUUUUUUGGCGGAUUUUGUGGGUGUAGGGAAACCAUGUAGCACAAAUUUUCUAUAGGUUUGUAUGCAGACUUUGGCAAAACUACGAAAUCAACCAUCCAUGAAUAUUCAAUUGUUCCUCCAUCCAUGAAAAUUGGUAUCCAUAAAAUUAGAUGAAACAACUUAAGUUAUCUGAUAGAUGGUUUUGCUUUGGUACUAUUAAAGUUCAACUUAAGUUAAACACAUCUAUCAAUAAUUCUCAAAAGAUUUCAAUUGAUCAGGACUGGCUACUUAUUAUCAUUAAAUUUUUAGAAGUUCUAAAAAUAGUAUCAACAUUAGUGAAUAAGAAAGCUUAUACAUGGAUGUACAUUUGGGACAUAGUACAUUGUAAAUUCAUUUAUUACUGUAGAUUCAUUAUUAUAAGUUGGAUACCAGUAUUUCGUGGAUUUUGUGGAUAUAUGUUAACCAAGAGUUUAAAUUUUCAAGGAAGUCCAAGUUUAUUAUAGGCUUGCAUACAGACUUUGGUAAAACCCUGAAAUCAAAUAUUCACUAAAAAAAUAUUUAUCCAUGAAAAGAAAUGAAUCCGCAGUAAUUGAUAAAGCAUACAAUAAAGGACAUGAAAAGCUUUGUAAAACAUAAUGUUGAUAGUCUAACAACAGGGAACCUUUACAACCCUCGAGGAAGAAAAGUGGAAAAAAGAUUUAAUUGCAUUUUCUUUAUUAUUUUUAUUUGAUUCAUUUGUAUAAAACAAUAUUUUUAAUGUACUAAAUACAUGUACUACAUUUAUUUUGUGUGUAUAUAUAGUUUGUUAUAAAAAGUAAGUAAAAUAGUAUCUAGUAUAAUUAUAAAAAUGUCUCAUUUCUGUAUUCAUCUUCUAUUUUUUGGUAGUUUAAAAUGAAAACAUUUUUAUUUAAGGUUGUGACACUUUGUUUGAUUUGAUUUAAUAUUAUAAUUUUUACAAUAGAGUUAUUGAUCUGUCUUAUUUUAGUUAUAUUUUGGACAGAAUUAUAUAUAUUUUUAUAAUGUAAAAUUACGUUUACCAAACACAAACUUAUCAAAUUGAGUUUGAUUUGUCAAAUACUUGCCACCGUCUUAUCACCAGUAGUUACAUUGUUUCAAGUUUUUAAAGUUGUAAAACAAGAAAAAAGCCUUUUUCCACUAUUUUGACUCAAAGAGCUGAUUAUUUUCUUACUGGUUUCAUUUCUUAAACUUCUUUUUUGAUGAUUUUGAUAAUGUAAAUUACUGUUUCUCUAAUUCUGUGAACAUAUAAACCAGUUCUGACAAGUUAAACUCUCGUGCAAUUUCAUGCCAUAUCCAUUGAAAGCAUUACACUCAGCAUUUUCCAUUUAAUCAUAAGAGAAACAGAUUCUACCACAUUUUCUAUUGACUUCAAUAUUUAUCCACAUUCAAUCUCAGUUAAGCAUCCUGAUCAAUAUGGUAGUGUGGUAGAAUUUAUCAUACAAUGUUAUAAUAGAUUUAUUAACAAUCAAACUUCAUAUGUUGCGGGUACAUCAUGAAAGAAAAUAUAUCAUGAACAUAUUUAUAUAUUGAAGUUAUAUAUUUUAUUCAUCUUUGAAUUUUAUUCAUUUUGAUUAGCGCUAUUCCAUUAAAAUGGAUUGGGGGUGGGUAGGAAGAGACUUUAAAUAUCCCGCCACGACCAACAUACUUUCUUGAGUAAUUUUAAACACGUUAAAUGGACAUACAACCAUAUAUGGCACAGGAUCCAUCUCAAGAAAUAAAAAUUCCCUUCCUACUCUCACAUCUAUUUCAAAGGAAAAAACCUUAGUUGUUCAAAUGCAAAUAAAACCUCAAACUAUUGUUUCGUCUUCUCCAGCAAAGUAACUGCUGAAUUUGUUUAUACCAUUUAAUAGCAAUAUUAUUUUGCAAUGUUUAUAGUUAUGUGCAUAUCAUUUCUUUUUUUAGUGGAAAUAUAAGAACAGUUAAUAAUUAUAUUUGAACUAUUCUAUUAUUUCUUUCUCUGUUGACAGUACAAUGUAUAUUCAGGAAUACCGAAUUUGAUAAGAAGAGUAUGAUAUAUCUGUACACAUUAUUUACAUUUUUAUAAUUAUAAAUACCGUAGACAAUUUUUCUUUUGUAUUGUAUUUGAUUUACUAACAAGUACCCUGAAACCCUUUUAUUAGUCUCCUACUGACGAAGUCGUAGGGGACUUUAGGUUUGUUUAUAUUUGUUGAUUGAUACAUUUCUUGAUCUGUUGCUUAUCGAUAUUAUAUGAUUAAGACUAUGAAUUGAUAUUGUUAUUAAAACUUUUGUUUUCUUCUAAAUCUUUUAAUUUUUUUAAUACAUUUAUCUACCUAUUUUUGUUUUUUUUAGAAAUUAACCAACAAGUCAGUGGAAAACAUUUCUCUAGCUAUGUGUGGUUUGCUUUUUCUUGGCUCUCUUGGUUGGUUGAAGUUCAAUAAUGACCGCGAUUUUCUCUAAUUAAACUAUUGUGUGUACAUGAUAGAAAGAAUCUGAAAUCAUCCCAUUUUUAAAAGCACAUAUAUAUUUUUUGCAGCUCACCUAAAAAGUAUGCUAGUUAUUUGUUAAAUUAAAUAUAAUAAAAGAAACAUAUUUUACAAAUGUAUAAUGAGUGGAGAAAUAUAGUUAGUCAUUUGAUGUUAUGAUUAUUUCUCAUAUAACUUUAAGUUAUUUUUUUCUUAAAAAGGUAAGAAAUAUUGUUACCUUUGUUUAUAUUUUAUUUCAUUUAAUAUCAUUUGCUAAUUAUAAUUUAUAACAUAAAUAUUAAAACCAUACAAUAAAUAUAUUGAUAACAAGAUACAGAUUUUAUAGAAAUAAAACCAACUUUUUAUUAUUGUUCAGGUUAAAUCAUUACAUGGUUUGUCAUGUGUUCUGAUACCAGUCACUCUCAAUGUUCUAGAUGACUAGCUAUUUUAUGUCCAAAUUAAAACCUUUUCUUUAAACUUUGUAAUCAUUUAUUUACAUCUGAGAUAUUAUUACCAAAGAUCUGUUUCAUCUACACCCUGUAGUUUAAUUUUUAUUAUUAUUUUUUAUUCUUUUAUUUUGUUGUCAUGAAUAAUAUAUUAUGAUAUGGUCUUUCUUGUCAUUCAUAUUUCAGAGAAGUAACUGAUUGAAACCCAUGAAUCUUUGUACAAAUUCCUUUGAUAAGAUUGUCAUAGCUCCUUAUGGAACCUGUGUCAGACCUAUAGAGACAGAUAUCCAUUAAGCUUAUAUGUAGGAAUUUCUUUAUCUCCAACACGAAUCAGACUAAAUUAAAAAAUACUAAAGGUGGGACCAAGUGCAAAAAUUCUUAAGAAUAAAUUGUUUCACUAUGUGUAUAUCAUUAUAUGUAUUAAACAUGUCUUUCAAAAAACAAAAAAAAAUUUUGGCAGUAUUUACUCUUUUAAGUUAUAUCAUUAUUUAUCUGCAUUUGUGAAGAAAAAAAAAUCAUACAGAUAAGAAAAUGGGGAAACAUAUAAAGAAUUAUGUAAUACUGGAUUUACAUUUACAUUCAGAAACCUAGAUUUCAUGUUUUAAAAUUCAUCCUAGAAAUACAAAAAUUGAAUUUCAAGGAUGUUCGCUCCUAUUUUUAUUGAAUAUUUGCCGUAUAUUCGGAAUCCUCUGGUUUUAUACAUGUAGUGCCAUUAAAAAAUUUCCCCGCAAAUCCCUAUUUUUCUUUUCAUAAUUUUAUUUAUAUAGUUUAAAAACAAUUUUUGAAAAUCUUAUAAAAUCCUUGUCAUUUUUUCAUAGUUUUUGAAAGAAAAAGGUGCCAAUGUUAAAUGUAUGAAAAAUCUAGAGAGAAUCACUUCUUGCCAAAUUUUCAAUGACAUAUCUCGAAAACAAGCACACGGAGUCACGGACCCUUCAUUUUUUUCUGCUUUUUAAGUUCCUUUAUUCAUAUACUUUCAAUUUACAACAAUCUUUUAAAAAGCUUGUUAUUUUGAAACAGAGCAGCGAACAUCCUUAAUUUGGAAAUUGGUUUCAUUUUGCCUUUGCUAUUGAUAAGAUGAGUUUAAAAUUAUCAAUAAAUCAAUCGGUUGGUUCAGUUUUAGGCAAUUGUAUCAUGAUGUACUAGGCACAGCUCUUAUCUAUCCUUAUUUUUUUAAUGUAAAUUUUGUCAUGAACAUUUAAGUUGUUUUUCAUUUUUCCAUCUUUUGCAAUAUUGUUUUUCGUUUUUUUUUUUUCAUACUCAAAGAUCUUAUUUAUUUUUUUCUAUUUUCCAGCAGAAAAUUUUAUGAUACAGUUAACUUGAUUAAGAAAUACCUUUUCUCUAGAUAAAAUAAAGUGUAAGUGACAAAAUCCUGUCUCUUUCCAAUAGAACUUUAUUAUUCUUAUAAAAAAAAAAUCAGUUUUCUUCAAUUCAAAAAUAUUAUUUCUUCAUUGAAUAUUAUUAAGUUUGGUAUGUAUUGUCCAAGUGAAAUUUACUUAAUGCAAGCUUAUAGUAAAUAUUUGUAAAUUUUUAUUAAACAGUUUAAUAUACUUAUAUACUUUUGACAUUCUAUUCCUUUGUGAAUUCUUAUUAAUAUAUACAUGUAUGAUGUACAUUUCUUUAAUGAUCUAUUAUGAAAAUAAAACUUGACUUUCUUUGUGAUCUUAAUAAACUACAGAUAUAUAUAGACAAA